CCCAGAUAACAUACAUACUGAUACAGACACAUCUCGCGUAUUUACCAUAGCACUUUGCCUUUCUCUAAAUCCAUGAUGAGUGACCCAGGGGCUGAUCGGCAAAAAGCAAUAGCGGCUGUACGCGCCAUGUUCGACAAGUACAAACUGCUUGCAGAAAAGCGGCCAAAAGAUCAUAUUGACUUUGACAACCAAGUCAUGAACAGCUUAGAGCUUGUGGAUGCCACGACCGACGGAACAGUGACGUAUGAAAUGUUCAUGGCACCCAACUUCUCCAACCUGAACAAUGUCAUGCACGGCGGAGCUGCAGGCGUCAUAUUCGACAUGUCCACCACGACGGCAUUAUGCCCUCUGGCGCGGCCCGGCUUCUGGGAAUUCAUGGGCGGCGUGACACGCUCCCUCAAUAUUUCUUACCUCAAAGCCGUGCCGAUUGGAGUAAAGGUCAGGCUCAACAGUAAAGUGGUGAGUAUAGGCAAGCAAAUGGCAAUGAUUAGAGGCGAUAUGACCAGUCUGGAUGGAAAGACGACAUAUUGCACAGUCGAGCAUCACAAGGUGAAUGUGCCAGUACAGCCCGAGCACCGUGUUGUCCGAACAGCGUGGGACGAUGAAUUUGAUAGAGAAUGGGCGGCACAAGAGAAAAAGGCAGCCAAGGGUAAGUUAUAGGGUGGCUGGGGCGACACGCGGACGCAAAGUGUAGUGAUUGCAUACGUCUCUGUAUUGUACAUUUAGACCGUAGAAGCAGGCCACUAACCCGCCUACUUCCUCUUGUUAAAUUUCUUGGAUUCGGCAGCAGUCCUCUUUUUCUUGGGCGCACCCUUGCCUCUUGACUUUGCAACAUUCAGAUGCUCUAACCAGUCUUCCUCUGCUUCGUCUAUGAUCUGGCGUUCGGGGUACAGGCUUCGCAGCUGGGGAAUUGUUCCUAUCCGCGGCGGGUAGUAUGAGGCGACUGACGGGCCCUUGAGGCGCUGAUGAAGGAUACGCGAUCCUAGGCGCAGGCGUUCGGGAUUAUAUGUGGUGUUGAAGACCUUGCACUGAACCUGCGCGCAUGUCAAAAUACAGACCCAACACACAACCUGGACACGGGAAGAUAAAGAACAUGAAAAAGAAAGCAAC